CUACCCAAAGUUUUCGAGACUCUCUUCUCUUCGAGAAGGUUGCACGAAAUCGCCAUCCAAACAUGAGAAAAAAAACUCUGUUUUUGUGAUCUUUCUUACCAAAGUUCGAUUCAAGCCUUCGAUUGAAUCCAAGUUGUGCUUCUCUGAUCCAAACCACCUACCUUGGGGAUUAUUAAGUGGCAUCACGAGUUUGGUUCAAAAUAGUUGUGAGAAUGGAGGAUAGCAUCGUAGCGAUGACGCCGUGGACGAGGUCGAAAUGUCCUGUUUCCGAAGACCCUGCAUCGGUGUUUCCAGAACCAACAAAGAAGAAGAAGUACGCAGCCAUGGCAGGACAAGUGUUCGACAUGGAAAAACUACUGGAUCACAAGGAGGAGAGGUUCCAGACUCAAAUCCAGCAUCAGCUGUGUCCGUUUAAACGCGAAAUUGACCAAAAUUUUGAGGCUCUAAAGCUAAGAAUGAAGUCCGAGCAGGAGAAGUAAUCGGCCGAGAGAACCCAGUUGGCGAUCCAAAGUUGAUGAAUCAAAUUGCUGAGCUACGUCUAGCCGUCGCUGAGCCUCAACAAGAUCGCUAACAUCACGACAGACGCGAUCGGCAGCACACCGUGGAGGCGGCAGUACCACCAGGAAUCAAGUUUACCGUACCGUCGUUUUAGGGGACGAUGAACCCAUCGUCACACCUCGACUGGGAAAGGAAAAUUAUCCUUUUCUUUCAGUGUGGCCAAUUCAGUGAGGCCCAAAAAGUGGCCAUGGCCACUUUUGAGUUCACGGAUUAUGCUGCCCAGUGGUGGGAACAGUUUCAAUGUCGUUGGCAGCAAAACCAGAGAAAUCUGGUGGUGACAUGGGAGGAGUUACGAGGAUUAAUGAGGGACAUGUUCAUUCCCACCUACUAUCAAAGGGAACUCUACGAAUCCCUGCAAGGAAUUUGAUAGGGAGCAAGAAGCGUGGAGGAAUUCUUCUGGGAACUUGAAUCACUGAUGAUGUGCGCCGACGUCAGGGAGGAUCGGGACACGACGAUUGCGUGCUUUCUCCAUGGUCUGAACAGGGAAAUCUGGUAGGAAGUUGAGCUCAGGGCAUUUGUCAUCUUGGAAGAAUCUCUUCACCUCGUAAUUAAAGUCGAAAGGCAGCAGAGAACCUCAAGGAAAAGCAUUAUGGCAAGCAAGCUAGGGACAGAGACACCUGCCAAAGCUAAUCCCCAUAAAUUGUGACGCGAUAUAGGAAAAUUGAAUCCCAGAAACGUUCAACCAUAUCUAACGAACGCUCUAGAGGGAUACAGUUCUACAAGUGCCACCAAAGAGGGCACAAAGCCAACUAGUGUUCUAACUUGAAGACUUUGGUGAUCAAAGGCGACGAGGAGCAAAAUUCUAGCGACGAGGAAGUUGAUGAGAAAAUUGAAGCCGAGCCUCCACCUGACAAGCUUCUAACUGUUAGCCGAAGGGAUUUAACCAUUGAAACUCAUCCAGACUUGAGCUAAAAGGAAAACAUAUUUCAUUCCCGUUGUUUGGUUGCCGAGAAACUCUUAUUAGUGAUCGUUGACGGAGGCAGUUGUGCCAACGUCAUCAGCCAUGAUGCGGUGGAAAAACUCGGAUUGAAAACUAACAGGAAUCCAGAGCCAUAAAACCUGCAUUGGCUCAACGAUUAAGGAGCAGUGCGAGUCUCUAGCCAAGCAAAGGUGAAAUUCAAAAUCGGGGCAUACCACGACGAGCUCGAAUUUGACGUUUCCCCGAUGCAAGCUGCUCACUUACUCCUUGGGCGGCCGCGGAAAUUCGAUCGUGGCAUUUUUCAGGAUGGUGGGAUGAAUUGCGACACUGUUUAAGACAAGGGAAAACGAAUUCUGUUGAAGCCCCUGUCACCGGAAGAAGUUUGAGAGGAUCGAAGGCAGCUAGAGGCUAGUCGACGGCGAGCCAGGAAACAUUCAGGUGGACAAUCAGAUGUAGACACCAAUAUUGCCACUCUCACGACUCGCCGAUAUAUGUUGAUGGGGUAUAAGAAAGAAAGAAAAAUUCAUCGACGUCGACCCUGCAGGCCGUUGCUGGAGCAGAGCUGGAGAGGAACGAACAUACCUGGAUUGGCGGAUCCAAUUCGGCCAAAUAUUGGUCUAGAAAUGAUCAAGCACGACCAAAUUUUGAGUGAAUUGGUUAAAGAUAAUGGGAAUGAAUCGAAGAAAUUGGA